AUGUUACUGCUUCAGAACUGCGGCGUGGUGGUCGCUUCUGUUGGGUCAGUUGCUGGCCUGUGGGUCCGUGGGACUCGGGGCCAAUGCCACACCGAUGACAGUGCCGCAUGCUGCAAGAAAGGCGAAUUUACGGCUUACAAAUGCUCGCCCACCGUGAGGAGACGCACCAAGUGGCGUUAUCGACUGGCGUGGUUCAACAAUGAGAAGAGAUGCGGCAAGGAGAUAACUAUCCAUGGCAAUGGGAGGAGCUUGAAGGUAAAGGUGGCCGAUGAGUGCAGCUCGACGAUGGGGUGCGACACGGCUCAUGAUUUCCGGCCACCAUGCCCAAACUAUAUUGUUGACGCAUCGAGAGCAGUGUGGAAUGCUUUAGGCAUUCCCGAGGGCGAUUGGGGUUGGAUGGAGAUCUUCUGGUCUGAGGACUGA